GAACAACAACCUCGGUGCUCCCGGUCACCCUCAAGGUCGUCCUACCAGUCCAAUGCCUCCACCACCGAUCAACACCGGCGGCGGUCACGCAUACGCUCCUCAACAUCAGCAGCAGCUGUACCACCAACCCGCUCCUCCUGGGUAUCCUCUCAAUCAGCAGCCUCAGUCGGCUCAGCCGCACGGCUAUGGAUAUGGUACGGGAGUACAAGGACCCAACUCAUACAAUCGUCUGGCUGAGGUGGAAGGAAACAACCGGAACAAGGCUCAGCUGAUUGUCGGCAUUGAUUUUGGCACUACAUUCUCCGGCGUCGCAUUCGCCUUUGCUACCAAUACUGAAGCGAAAGAGGACAUCAUCGUUGAGUGGCCUGGCGCAGGUACUCAGACAAAACAAAAGAUCCCAACUGUACUCUAUUACGAUCAAAACCAGCAAGUCGUAGGAUGGGGACCCGACAUCGCCGAAGCACUGGCGCCCACCGGCUACCCGAAGCCAGGCGUACAAAAGGUGGAGUGGUUCAAAUUGCAACUCAUGCUGAGCGGAAACACCUAUAUCGAUCCCAUCAACCUUCCACCGCUUCCUCCGGGUAAGUCGGAGAUUGAUGUCGCCGCCGAUUACCUCUUCAAACUUCGACAGGCGAUGCGCAAUCAAUUGCAAAAGAGCUUGGGAGAGGUCUUCAAUCGUGAGGAGCGAAACAUUAAAUACUUCUUGACGGUGCCUGCUAUUUGGAACGACGCUGGCAAAGCUGCGACCCGUGCGGCUGCCAUCCAAGCUGGUUUUCUCCGCGAUGAGAACGACAACCGUUUGACUCUGAUCACCGAACCCGAAGCAGCAGCCAUGUUCUGCGCCAAGACUGGUCUGUUGAACCUCAAGGUGCAUGAUGCCAUUCUCAUCGUGGAUUGCGGUGGUGGUACUGUCGAUUUGAUCGCCUACGAAGUCGAGGAGGAGAACCCGUUCACAGUCGCAGAGUGCACAGCCGGAUCUGGUGACUCUUGUGGUUCAACAGCACUCAACCGCAACUUCUCCAACAUUCUCCGUGCGAAGAUUCGCAAGAUGAAACUCCCUGAUGGAUCCAAGACUGCAGGCAAAGUCUACGCCAAGUGCAUCAUGGACUUUGAGAACCGGAUAAAGGCAGAUUUCCGCAACAACGGCCAGAAGUGGGCUGUGGAUGUCGGUAUUGAGGCAGAGUUCCCUGAAGCCGGCAUCGAAGAAGGAUACAUGACCUUUACCAACGAGGAGAUUCUGCAGUGCUUCGAGCCUGUGGUGAACCGAAUUCUCGAGCUGGUUAGGAACCAGAUCAUUGCGAUCCAGGCGCAAAACCGAGCCCUGCAGAACGUCCUCGUCGUCGGAGGUUUCGGCGCCUCGGAAUACCUCUUUCAACAAAUCAAACUCCACGUCCCACCGCAAUUCCAAAACAAAGUCGUCCGACCCAUGGACUCGGUCGCCGCUAUCGUCAAAGGCGCUGUCACGGCCGGUAUCACCGAGCGGGUCAUCACCUCCCGCGUCGCCCGUCGACACUACCUCAUGGCCACCCUCCAACCCUUCAAAGAAGGCCACCACCCAGAACAAUACCGCGUGCCCUCCCUCGACGGCAAAGACCGAUGCAAAUACACCCGCCAAAUUUUCGUCCAAAAAGGUCAGCGCGUCAAGAUUGGCGAGCCGGUCAAGGUGUCCUUUUUCCGACAAGUCGCUCCCGGCGCGACGCUCAUGUAUGAGGAUGUCCUGUAUGCUUGCGACGAGGAUGUCUGUCCCGAGUACACCAAGGACCCGCGCAUCAAGGAGAUUGUCACGUUGACGAGUGAUUUGUCGCGGAAGAAUUUGGAAAAGGAUUUUGAGAGAAUGGAUACGCCGCAGGGGACAUUUUACCGGGUGUACUUUGAUAUUUAUCUUACUUUGGAUGGGAGUGAGUUUAAUGCGGAGUUGGUGUGUCAGGGUGAGGUUAUGGGGAGGUGUAGUGCGAGGUUUCGGUAG